AUGGAGCCUUUAAAGAAGGAUCGCGGUCGGCUACCACCGGAUUCAUCUCACCCGAGGAAGCUGAGAAUGAUGUAUGAAGACUUUGUAACCAGGAAUUCCAGCUCUAUCAGCCAAAUCGAAUCCACCCUCAGAUCGUUGACAUAUAUAAUUCCAGGACGUUUUCGAGAAUCUGAGCUUGCUUCAGAGUCCCUUCAUUCCGGCGUCCAACUUCUAUCUUUAUAUCAUGAUUCCCUCGUUUCACGCGUUGUUUCCCAACUUCCUGCCACCAUUACGCGUCCUAGCCCUACACCUCAUGCACGAUAUACCAAAUACUGGUCAUUGCGCUCCUCACUUUACCAGCGGGUAGCUUUAACUCUACAGAUGAUCCAAUAUACGGAAUUACUUUGGGAAAUGAUAGCGCGCCGUCGCGGGGAGAAAAUCCGUUGGCGCGUUGUCGUGUUUAUCGAAGGCGUGAAGGCAUUAUGCCGAUUGGUGUUACUCCGCAUAACGAAUUCUAGACCGUUGGUUUCCCCACCUUUACCGGAGAGAGAUAUAGACCCAAGAAGCCCGGAAGAGGAGGAACUCGUCAACUCAUGCGAUGGCGGGUCGUCCCAUCCUAGCGAAGGAGGGUCAUCUUCGGAUUUCAGUUGGCCGAUGCCAAGGACAGGCCUAUCACUACCGAUUUUACCAGAUGUUAGUGACCUUUCAAACUAUCUGAUAUCCAGAGUCCUUACUGCCGAUGAUAUAAAACCUCCGAAAACUCUCCUUCAUCGAGUCUCCGGGCAGGGACAACUUGCCGAGGUGUUAUAUAUCCUUCGCCCUCUUAUCUACGCACUGGCGCUACAGAAAUGGCGAGACAAAAAGAAGAGCUGGACGCCUUGGCUUAUUGGAUUUGGCAUGGAGUAUGGAUGCAGGCAGCUCGCAAAGAAAGAUUUCCGACAAAGGGUUGCGGGUGGUUUACGGGCCUUAACAGCACUGGAGAGGGAGGAGCUUCAGAAACGGGGUUGGGCAAUGAGUUGGUGGGUGAUGAGGGGCGCGUUUUAUGAAAAUAUUACGAAGGUUUGGCUGCAGGGUUUCGUCAAGAGGCUAGAAAACAAACCAUUGGUUGGACUGAUUGGGAGUAUUGUGGAAGACUACCAAUAUCUCUGGGAUACUUACUACUUCUCGACCACGACUCUCUGAUCAGAGGAAACUUGCCUUUGUGAUUUAAGCGUUUGGGUUUUUAGCUUUCUUAUUUAUAUGUGUAUUAUAUGGAACUAUUCCAAUGUGCUGGAUGCAUGGGUAUGACAUUAUUCACAAUGGAGGGGUACAUUCUAGGGGCUUUUCUGUCAUGUCAGUGUCAUUACAUCAUCAUUUGAAGCAACCGUAGAGUCUGUUUAGGCGAUAUCUUAUUUUUCCUUUUGGUGUUUCAAAAU